AUGCUGUCGAAGCCCAGUGAGAACGAAAAAAUAACAACCUUAACGUCUCUCGGCGCGCUGCUGCGAAUCGAGUUUCAACGCCCAACGGAUCUGGAACCCGGAAACCCAUGGUUUUUUUCUAAAAUAUCUGCUCAAUAUGCUGAUGAAAUGGAAACCAGAAAAGAAAAAUCAGGUCAAACCCGUCUGUCUCCCGCCAGGAGUCAAGCUGUGAAAGUGACUCUGAAGGAAUGUCCGAGCAGGCGAACUUCAACCGACAACGAAGUUGUGGAGUUGAUCGAAGACCAGACGGUUAAGUUCAGAUGUCCGUGCAAAGAGGCUCCGAUUGUGUUUUGGCACGUCAAUGGAACUCGGGUUCCGCACAGUUCCGGGAGAUUUCUGCCUUUUAAUAACAUGCUGAAGAUCAAGGAUCUGCGUGUGUCAGACGGCGUCAAGAUGGGCUGUGGACUAGAUUUGAGGACUGCAGACUCAAGUAUGAUGUUCUGGUACAAUUUCACUGUCUCGGUCAAACCUUCCAAUGACAGUGACUCCCAAGAUUUUGUCAGAAGGACUAAGGGAAAUGUGGAACAGUCGAAGCUUCGGCGAAAAGAUUAUGCGGGAGAUCUGGAAUCGCCUGUCGACGAACCGGAAGCAAUGGCUCUGCAGAAAAAGCCGAGCCCCUCGAAACCAACAUUUUACGGGAUCGAAGGGAAAGACUGGUACAAAUACCAAUUCCUGCCUCGUUCAGCUGGUGGAAACCUCCGGAUUUCAUGCAAAUUCAAUCAAACAAACCCGAAAUCUCAGAUCACGUGGCUGAAAAAUGGCAACCCGAAUUUCAUUCGUCUCGGAAAAUACGUGCAGAGGGAAUUCUCUCUGUACCUACAGGACUUGACACUGUCUGAUUCAGCCAACUACACGUGCAUCGUGAACAACACUCUAGGAUCCGUCAGCCGAGUGACCGAAAUUCAAGUUGUUGAACGCCUGCAGAUGAGACCAUUGAUGACGAUGGAGGAAUGCGUCACUCUCACGGUCGGCGAAAAUUACACGCUGGAAUGCAAGAUUAUUUCCGAUCUGCCAAUUUCUCUUAACUGGACGUUUUGCAACGAAACCUCGGCUGAAACUUGCAGUGUCCGUGGCGAGCGGGCCGAGAUUGCCGGCAAUUGCUCUUACGGCAAGGUAGAAGUCGUCUUCGUUGCUUGA